AUUGCAUUCGGUGGUACGUAGUCCGCGCCAACACUGAAUAGGUUAUCAAAUCCAUUAUUGGAUURCGCAAAAGAAACGACAAUGGCUCUGCGAUCCUUUCGACUGCUUGGAGUGGCAUCAGGUCUGCUAGCCCUGUCKCUCUCGACAACAACCAAGCCUUGGGCAUCGGCUUUUGUCACACCGGUUAAGAGAUCUUCGGUGGGGGCUAGGAUGGGACUGCCACAGAAACAACUUGCUUCUUUUCCGUUAGCUAUGGCAUCGAAAAAGACACAGACCCUGGUUUGUCCCGACGAAUGUCUCACAGAAGACGGGGACGAAUACGAAUACGAUUCGAUUCGUACAUCGGUGUCAACCGAGAACGACAACAGCGAAGCGUUGAGCGUCGUGGUUGCUGCCACAUCCACGACCAUCAUGGGCCUCGCCGCCCUGUCCGAGGCUGCAAAUGCAGUUUCUUCGAUUGCGAUGCCAAAGGAGCUGACCCAAAGCUUUGAUCCCAAUUCGUUCGUGCCCGUCUGUGCGGCUUCCGAUGGCUUUUAUCGUGUGUUGCAAUCUACGGCACAAACCGUGGUUGGAAGGGAAAACUUUGUCGAAUACGGCCCGCUGAUUGCCAGUGGUCUCCUCCGUGUGCGCCUGGAACUCUGUGUUGUGGAGUCCUUCUUCAACGAAGCCGUCGGCCCUUUCAUUUCCCAAAACGGGCUGUCGUGGGUGCUGCCCCUGCACGAAACGGUCGAAACGUUUCUGGCGGGAACCGUCUUUGCCCUGGCGACAACCUUCAUUUUGGUUGGAUCGACCAAGCUACUUACCGUCAUAUUCACCUACGCCGACUUUUUUGUGGGUGGCCCCCUCCGGCUCUUUGGUGGUUUCUUUUUCGAUCGAGCUCGUGGAAAACCCGUCAUUCUCGACGUUGGUUUGGGUCCGUUCAAGACGCGGGUGAUCGGCCCCAAGGACGAUGGGGAAGGCGACGCGAAGAAAUCCGAUUUUGACUACUCGGUGGAUUUCAACAGUGUCAAUAGCGCAGAGUUGCCCGUGGUAAUCGCGAGUGGAGGUGUCAAGUUUGUCGGUCAAUCGAUCGGCUUCUUGCGGGAGGUGUUGGACGCGAUUGAUUUGUUCGUGGGGAAAUCACUAAUUUUAUGGGUAACGGCGUACAUCGGAAUCAAGUUUCUGCAUUUUAAGGUCUUUCCUGAUUUUCCAUAAGCAACCUAACGAGGGCGAAAGGUUUUGCAAACUAAGUUUUUCUGUGAUGUAUGACAUGCAACUACGAACUUGUUAAACGUCGCCCACUGAUUUGAUUGGAACGGAGUUGAAAAGAAGUACGGAAAGCUACCGCGCAUGCAUCGACACGAAAGCACACUCAACUGGCGAUGGAGCCUCGCUAUGAACAUAAAGAAAAUAUGCGAAUUCGCAACGACGAAUAGAGGACAAAAAUCGCGCCGGAUCCAUACCGCACAGCUAAUUAAGAAAUAAUAUUGAG